CCCGGACGGUAAGCGGACACCUGGCAAGCCACGAUACUAGCUGGGAGCAGACGCCGUUCUCUCUUACCUGUGGACAGGUAAAAGUCACCUUCCAGAGACAACCAGAGGGGAGGAGGGGCAGGCCUUACCCGCCGAGACCCGGCCAGCCUCCAACCCUUGGCAAUUAUUAAUCUCACAUUUUUCACAUUCCGGAGCGCCACCGUCUAAGAAUGAUCCCCGGUGCGGAGGGAAACGGAGACCAGCUGUCCGAAAUGCAGCUGGCCGGGCGGUGGGCUCUUUCGGCCGCAGCUCUGCUCUUGCUGACUCUGGCGUAUCGCUACUACAAGUCUCGGGGGUCCCCUGACAGGCCCCAGGAAGGGCCCCGUGGAGCAGCCAAGGCCACCCAGGGCAGGGAGCCUUCACCGCUUCCAGUUUGCAACCCAGCGGAGAGAGAGGACACGCUGCAGGGACUGAGGCACAGGGGUGUCAGAAGGACAGGGAGCGAGGCAAAUGGCCGCACAGGUAAGCGGUCCAUGGAGCCAGGUGGGCUGGCCGCCAGAGGCACGUUUGGGCUCAAAGGUGCACCGGCCGGCCGAGAGGCAGAUGAGGAAGAACAGACGAGGGAGGAGGAGGAGGGUCACCCGGGCCCUGGAUCACAGGCAGACAGACAACAGUUGGCACCACAGGCGGUUGAGAACCAGGAAGCAAGAACGCCGUGGGCUCUCCUUGGCGGUGCCAGAGUCACGGAUGGCAUGGCUGGAAUGACAUCGGAAAGCAGGUGGACAUUUCCGGGUCUCUGCAGCCAAGCAGGUGAAGGCGGCACUUCUGUCAGAGACCGCAAGGGGCCGGGGCCAGGCGCUGGCUCUGGGGAAGCCGGACUUUGCCUCCCUCUCGAGGACUGCCAGCAGGUGGGCAGAGGUCCUCAGCGGACAAGUGGGGGGGAUGAAUCCGCCUUGAGCAACAGCUGCGGGCCCUCCUUGCGGAGAGGAGAGGGACACCCCGACCAGGCAGAAGAGACCCAGCUGCAGAGGGAGAGGGACCAGCCCUUCCCGGCCACGGCUGGUCUGGGCUUGGCCAUGAGCCCGUCUUGCCGGGGGUCCUCGGCAGCCUACACGUUCUCUGCUGUGGCUGAAACACGGGUGCAAGAGAGCCUCCCUCAAGCAGCAAAGUCGAAAGAGAGAAACAGCGGCCAAGCAGAGCCGCCUCGGGGCGACCCGAGAGGCUGCGCCGAUGACAACUGUGUUCAACCCGUGUCCCAAUCCGUCACAAAGGAGAAGUCCUCCUACACCAGCCUGGACACUCCGCAGUCCUAUGACAUACCCAGCACGGAGAGCCCCUGUGAGCCUGAGAUGCAGUUACAGUGGGAUGUGGCCAACACCGUCUCGGAAAACGGAGAGGGCGGAGUAACGGCUGAGAAGGCCUUUCCGACGUCUCCCGGGGCUUCUGAGAAGGAGACAAAAUCGAUGCAGCCCGAAGGCCAGAAAGGGGCAGCGGCUGAAGGGAACCCUACCCAGAAGCCUCCAGGGCCCAGACACGGCAUCAGCCGGAAAGAGAGUUUCCACAAGAUCAUAGAAAACCCAGAGCUUCAAGUCCCGAUGGAAGGAUUCGGUUCUCCGGUGCCAGAAUCCUCGGAACGGGACACCCCUCCUCUUGUCCCCCUCUGCUCCGGCUCCAUUUCUUCUCUCUCGGGAUCCAUGAAGAGCAUCCCAAGUGACACGAGCGAGGAACCCACCGUGGAGCUGGUGGCGGGUGCCAAAUUCCUCCGCUUCCCCCUGUGCUCAGAGACCUCCGCUGACGUCGUCCGUCUGGAUCUGGGGAACUGCUACGAGGUCUUGCGCAUGGCCAAGCAGCAGAAGCUGGAAGCCCUCCGAGAAGCGGCCUACAAGGUCAUGAGCGACAAUUACCUCCAAGUGCUCAGGACCAAUGCGAUCUAUGGCCGCCUCAAUGCCAUGGAGAGGGACCUGAUCCUGCGAAAGAGGAUGCAGGGGAGGAAGUUCCUGGCGGUGGCUGACGUCAGCUCCCAGGAGCACGGCGGCCACGCCAGCAGGCUCUGCUACUAUGAUGACCGGAAGGAUACGUGGCGCCCGUUGACUCACCUACCGAUGGAGGCCGUCUCCAAGGGUUGCGCCGUCUGUAGCAUGUUCAACUACCUUUUUGUUGCGGCUGGCUGCGAAGGGCGAGGGAGGCUCCAGAGACCCUCCAGCCGAGUCCUCUGCUACAACCCUUUGACCCAUAUCUGGAGGGAGAUCUGCCCGUUGAACCAAGCGAGGCCCCACUGCAAGCUGGUUGCCUUGGACGGUUGCCUCUACGCCAUCGGGGGAGAAUGUCUCUCCACCGUUGAACGCUACGACCCCCGGACGGACCGCUGGAGCUUCACCGCCCCUCUGCCCAACGACACCUUCGCUGUGGCCCACACGGCGGCCGCCUGCGAUGGGGAGAUCUACGUCACGGGGGGCACUCUGCGCUACAUGCUGUUGAGGUAUGUCCCCCGGCUGGACGCCUGGAAGGUCAGCCUUACCGGGGGCAGCAAGGACAGGACCACUGAGAUGGUGGCCGCCGGGGGGUUCCUCUACCGCUUUGACCUCAACCGGAGCAGGGGCAUCAGCGUCUACCGCUGCAGUGCCAAGGCCAAACUCUGGUACGAAUGUGCCACCCACCCUGUGCCCUUCCCGGCUUGCUUCCAGUGCACUGUUGUGGAAAACCUGGUCUACUGCGUCGGCCGGCAGUUCCAUCUCCGCUUCCUUACCGACCACAUCUCGCCACGCUUUGGGAGCAAGGAAAUACAGCUUUUCCCUUCCCCGAGAGGAACACUUUUCCCCAUGACGCUCAUGCUGCCAGAUAGGGAUGUGGCACAGACGAGGGUCUGAAAACUCUCAGAGAGGCCAGCGCUGGUUGAUGUCGUCAAUACCAGUCUCGUCCCGUUUGCCUGUUUUCAGGCAUCUCUCAAGGGAGACGAGACUCAAGGAGGGUCGGCCGUACGGAUCCUUAAAUCCUCAUAAGUCUGCAUAGAAGUGAAGCACGGCCUUGGGGGGGGGGGUCUUUGGACAGUCACCGAUUCAAGGCCUCGUUAGUACCAAUUUAGGUCAAUGUCACACAACCCAAUGGGCACAUGUCUGCCGUGCAUGGCCAUUGCUUGCAAGACAGCAGAGGGUCGGCCGAGAACAGAUUCAUUCUCCCUUGCAGAAUUUGUCUUUUGAUCAGGGCUCUUGCACCAGAAUGCAAUGAUUGGCUCUCAGCUAGCAUGGACUCACUGAAUCCGUGUCGGUAAGGGUUGGUGCCCCAUUCGAGAACUGGAAGAGCCAUAAGAUCUGGGCCUCGACAGUCUGCAAGACAGAAGCGGAAAUGGGACCUGGAGUCUAUGUGGAUCAAACCAAAUAUUAUUCAGGACAGUUUCCUGCUUCCCUAGUGGCCAACCUGGCUUUUCUGUAAGUAGACCAUGAAGACAGGGUCUUUUCAUCUCUGUUAUGCAAGCUGGUACGUGGAGAUAAACUGAACAUGGCGUCACCAUAGAUAUAGCAUAAGUCUUGACUGAUUCAGUUCUAUGAGUUCAUUUCAUUUCUCAUCAAAGUCAACAAAGGUCCUUGUAGCAGUGAGUUCCACAGUCCAACUUCUUGCUAUUGUUUGCUUGCUUGUUUUUAUAUAUAGUAUAGUAUUUUCUUUCUGACUCUCAUGGACAGAGCUUGGAACGGUUAGCUAACUCUUUAACACCGAACUGGAUCCUUGAGUAUGUUAUAAUAUUCCGUUGCUGCAGUUUCCUCACGUUCCCUGAUAUCACCCGAAUUCAGCCAACAGCAAGGGGAGGCGGGGAACAUUUUAAAUGAUAGAAAGCAGCCUUUUAAUGCCUAAACCAAAUGAAAUGGGUCGUCUUCUUUCAGAGUGUGAAUAUGCAAAUGAAAUAAACAACAACGAGCGGGCCUUUAAAAAC